UUGAUGGAUGGGUUAAGUGAGAGAAACAAUUUGUUAAAUGGAUAAAUGAUGUGCCGACCGGUUUGUUCUGUAUGUGUGGCGAAAUUUUAUAUUAAUGAGCUCAAUGGAUAAAUCAAUAGAAGAUAUAAGAAAACAGCAUUCAGAACAGGAAUUUCUCGAAAGAACCAUUUUGUCUCUAAAUCAAGAUUCACAUGAGAUCAGUCCAAGUGAUCUUAUUGUUAUUUUGUUGUACACGUUGAUGUUGGAAAGUGAAUUCUCUCCAUGUGAAACAGACUGUGGAGGGAUCCAUGAAUCUGAAACACUAAAUAGUGGAACUGCGAGUAAUCUCCCUAAUGCUUGGAAAGAUGAUCAGACUAAUGUAUACAAAAUAACAUUUAUACUAAAUCAGAUUGCAGAACAUAGAUGCAGGCUUGUUGGUUUCUUAAUUGGUGAUAUUUUGGAGCUUAAUCUGAUUGUAUCGAAUAUUGUCCCAAAAAUAGUAUUUGGUUUGAGUUUCCGUUGUUCUGAUGUUAUAAAGAAGACUCAGCCAUCGACUCCUGUGUUAGCCAGAUAUACAAAUAUAAGACAGUUAAAAGAGAAAUUAAAGAAAGAGCUGCUGUACCCUGUGAGGUGUAUUAUUUUGAAUGAAGUACAUGUAUUAAAUGGUUCCCUCCUGGGUAUUCCAGAUGACCUAAAACAUAAAAUAUACUCACAACUCAAAUUAAAUGAUAUUUAUAGUUUAUUGAUGUCAUGUCACUACAUGAACAACUUAAUUGUGUCUGACCGACGGCUGUGGAAGAAAUUGUUUUGCAGAUAUUAUCCAACUGCUUACAAUGAGCUAAUUGUAGACAACCGAGAAAACAUUGACUGGAAAAAGGAAUUGCAGAAGAGGAGGCAACAAAGGAUUGCAUCAAGGGGACCUUUUGGCUUUUCAGAUUUCAGGGAGGUGCUUCUACAAUCAUGGCUACCAAGUGCCUUCCCUAUUAACUAACUACUAACUACUUGGCACUGUGCAGUUGGUGUGCUCAGCUGCAUAUAUAAAUCACAUAGCAUGGCUGCCAACUCCAGCAUUCCCUCUGUUGAGCUCUGUCAGGUCUUCAGGUAAUGGUGGAACAAAGACACAGUCUUUGAUAAAGCCCCAUUAAAAGAAGUCGUACCAAGAGACCUCUAGAGCCAUCUCAACAAUGCUUCAUCGUCAGCAACAAUGUGACCUAA